UCUCGCACAUAAUGAUGACGCACGGUUAGGUUAAGAAAGGUGUUACACACGAGAUUUCUAGCGGCGAGCCGCGCAGUUUUGUGUUUUAAACUGUUGGCGUGAAAACGAGCGGGAAGAUGAAACCACUGUUGCGCGACUAAGAUUCUGCCGUUGCCAUGGUAAAAAAGUGGAUUAGAUCGGGUUUAAACUUUAGCGACGUCAUGCUGGUUCGAAAUAAACCCAGAAAAUAAAGUUAGCUGAUAAGGUUAUGAGGCCUCUCAUCGCAUGCUAUCCCCAGCUCCAGGUUGCCACAGCAAUGACCCAGCAUCCGGCUCAGGGUCUUCAUAGAAGCUCUCGGACAAAUGACAGCAAGGUUCAAAGCCGCAUAAUUCCAGAAUCCCCUUUUUGUGUAAUCAAAUACAGAAAGUUAUGAGAAGGAACCAAGCAAAUGAACUGAACUGCCUUACUAUGAUUGCAUCUUUGGCCCAAACAGGAACAAAGACACGGCCUCUAAUGUACUCAGAAAUGAUCAGCUUGUAUCUCUUUGCAAUGUUGCUACUGGCGUCACUGGCGACAGCGGGACAGGCCAGCGAGCGGCGCGUCGUGGCCCACAUUCCCGGCGACAUCAUAAUCGGUGCACUCUUCUCCGUCCACCACCAGCCGCCGGCUGACAAAGUGCACGAGCGCAAAUGUGGGGCGGUUCGGGAGCAAUACGGCAUCCAGCGUGUGGAGGCCAUGAUGCAUACACUAGACCGAAUCAACGCCGACCCCAAAAUCCUCCCCAACGUCACGCUGGGCUGCGAGAUCCGAGACUCCUGCUGGCAUUCCGCAGUCGCUCUGGAGCAAAGCAUCGAGUUCAUACGAGACUCGCUUGUCGCUGCCGAUGAAAGUGAGGAGGCUGGGGGCGGGGCCAAGUGUGCCGAUCCCGGAGCCACGCCCAUGAAGGGCAAGAAGCCAAUUGUAGGGCUGAUCGGUCCGGGUUCGAGUUCCGUCGCCAUUCAAGUGCAGAAUUUACUCCAGCUGUUUAAUAUCCCGCAGAUUGCAUACUCUGCCACCAGUAUGGACCUCAGCGACAAAUCACUCUACAAAUACUUCAUGAGGGUGGUGCCAUCAGACGCCCAGCAGGCCAGAGCCAUGGUGGAUAUAGUGAAGAGAUACAACUGGACCUACGUAUCUGCCAUCCACACAGAGGGUAACUAUGGUGAGAGUGGGAUGGAGGCGUUUAAAGAGAUGGCGGGGAAGGAAGGGAUCUGUAUCGCUCACUCGGAUAAAAUCUGGAGUAACGCCGGCGCGCAGAGCUUCGACCGUCUGCUGGUCAAACUGCGCAAGUAUCUGCCCAAAGCUCGCGUGGUGGCGUGUUUCUGCGAGGGCAUGACCGUACGAAACAUCCUGAUGGCCAUGAGACGACAAAACCUCGUCGGAGAGUUCCUGUUGGUCGGCAGUGAUGGCUGGGCGGACCGAUAUGAUGUCACUGAUGGGUACGUGCGUGAGGCCGCUGGCGGGAUCACCAUAAAGCUGCAGUCCCCAGACGUCAAGUGGUUUGACGAUUAUUACCUGAAACUGCGUCCCGAAAACAACCCACGAAACCCCUGGUUCCCCGAGUUCUGGCAGCACCGCUUCCACUGCCGACUGAAGGGACACCCGCAGGAGAACAACAAAUACAACCGCACCUGCGGCAAGCGAGAUUCUCUGCGCCAGCAGUAUGCACAGGACACCAAGAUGGGCUUCGUGAUCAAUGCCAUUUACAGCAUGGCUUACGGCCUCCACAACAUGCAGAAAGUGCUGUGUCCCGGUACGGUGGGUCUGUGCGAUGCCAUGCGGCCCAUCGAUGGCUCAAAGCUUCUUGAGUUCCUCAUGAAGACCAACUUCACUGGAGUGUCUGGGGAAAACAUUUAUUUUGACGAAAACGGAGAUUCGCCUGGGAGUUACAUGAUCAUGAACUUUAAGAAAAUGGGCAAAGAUUAUUUCGACUACACGAACGUGGGCAGCUGGGACAACAGCGGACUGCAGAUCGAUGACGACGAGAUCUGGCCUACCAAAGAUGAGAUUAUUAAAUCUGUGUGCAGCGAACCCUGUGAUAAAGGUCAAAUCAAGGUGAUCCGUAAAGGAGAGGUCAGCUGCUGUUGGACAUGCACUCCCUGUAAGGAGAACGAGUUUGUUUUUGAUGAGUACACGUGUCGUGCAUGUGAUCUGGGAUCGUGGCCCACCAAUGACCUCACCGGAUGCGACCCCAUCCCAGUGAAGUAUUUGAUGUGGGGUGACCCCGAGCCCAUCGCGGCUGUGGUCUUCGCCUGCUUGGGCCUGAUGGCCACAUUCUUCGUCACCUCCAUCUUCAUCAUCUACCGCGACACUCCGGUGGUGAAGUCUUCCAGUCGUGAGCUGUGCUACAUCAUUCUGGCGGGUAUCUGUCUGGGCUACCUGUGUACCUUCUGUCUUAUCGCCAAACCUCACGUCAUCUACUGCUAUCUGCAGCGGCUUGGCAUUGGAUUAUCGCCCGCUAUGAGCUACUCGGCCCUCGUCACCAAGACCAAUCGCAUCGCUCGGAUCCUGGCCGGCAGCAAAAAGAAAAUCUGCACCAAGAAGCCUCGUUUCAUGAGCGCCUGCGCCCAGCUGGUGAUCGCUUUCCUACUGAUCCUCCUGCAGCUGGGCAUCAUCGUGGCGCUCUUUGUGAUGGAGCCUCCUGACGUCAUCCACGACUAUCCCUCCAUUCGUGAAGUCAACCUCAUCUGCAACACCACCAACUUAGGCGUGGUGGCGCCGCUGGGCUACAAUGGCCUCCUUAUCAUGAGCUGCACCUUCUACGCCUUCAAGACGCGCAACGUUCCCGCCAAUUUUAACGAAGCGAAGUACAUCGCAUUUACCAUGUACACCACCUGCAUCAUCUGGCUGGCCUUCGUGCCCAUUUACUUUGGCUCCAACUAUAAGACCAUCACCAUGUGCUUCUCCGUCAGCCUGAGCGCCACUGUGGCUCUGGGCUGCAUGUUCGUGCCAAAGGUUUACAUUAUCCUGGCCAAACCGGAGAGGAACGUCCGCAGCGCGUUCACUACAUCGACAGUGGUGCGCAUGCAUGUGGGAGACGGAAAAUCAUCAUCGGCGGCCAGCCGGUCGAGCAGCCUGGUCAAUCUGUGGAAGAGACGAGGAUCGUCAGGAGAGACGCUCAGCUCUAAUGGGAAGUCAGUGACGUGGGCCCAGAAUGAGUGCAGUUCCAAAGGUGGCCACCUGUGGCAGCGUCUCUCCUUCCACAUUAAAAAGCGCGAAAGUAACCAGAUGGCCGUUAUCAAACCUUUCUCCAAAACGUCUGAGGGACGCUAUUGCGGAGGCAGUGACAUCAACACGGACAACAGCAACAACAAGAUGCUCUAUGAGGUCACCGAAGCGGAGGAGCGCUACCCCAUCACCUACCGGCCCCAAACACCCUCACCGAUCAGCACCGUGACCCAGAGAGCGAGCAUUGCAUUAUCACAGAGCGCUGGCGCCGCUGACUCCCAGGUCAUGAGUGUCUCUACAUACAUGUGUCCGGCUCCGCAUCGCAGUAACGGUGGUGGAACUGCAUCGCAGGGCUCUCUGAUGGAGCAGAUUAGCUGCGUGGUUAACCGCUUCACAGCUAACAUCAGCGAGCUCAACAGCAUGAUGCUCACCAGUUCUCCUCCAGGAGGCGCUGUGGGUUUGUCCACCAGUGCAUCUGCACACGCUCAAUCUGUCGAGCCCUGCUGUCCUCCGGCCUACCGCCUAUCCCGAGAAAUUUCCAUGCCGACUACCAUGACCACUUAUGCCGAAAUCCAGCCCCUCCCACCGGUGGAGUCCAAUGUGUGUUGCUCCGCUCCUCCCUGCCCCCUUUCCAGUUCGUCACGACUCAAAACUUCGCCCACGACCGGUGGGAAGGAGCUAAAGGUGGGUGUGUCCUCAGCUCUGGAGUCACCGCCCAAUCAGCAGGAGUUUGAGGAGCUGCUAGCGCUGACUCCGCCCUCCCCGUUCAGGGACUCUGUCGGGUCAGGUAGCGGAUCGCCCAGUUCUCCUGCUUCGGAUACUGAAACAUCCGCUCUUCCGCCCAUCACAAAAUACGAGUGCCUGGUGCUCCGACACUACAGCCAGAGUUCGUCUUCGUUAUGAGGACAAAAAAUGGAAGAAUGGAGCACCGAUUGGCGUAAUUCACGUAGGUCGGAGACGGACACUGCUUGGGUGUGUGUGUUUACAUGUUCUCACCUUUGGACCAAUGCAAAACAAGAUUUUCCUCCCUGCAAAGGAAUAUCUCCAACAUCAGACCUGCAGUAGAAUCACAAUAGUGUCUAAUCGUUCGUCUAGUUAGCAUUCCCUUGGUCUAUUUUGGUAGUGGCCUUAAACAAACAUGGCUUUCAUCUAAUUAGUGCUGUUUCUAUGAGCACUAAAAUAUGUUGUGCCCCCAGCAGGACAGGGGUGAACGAACACCCAACCUGGGACGUUCCCGCACACGGACAUUACGAACCUUUUGCUAUGUUCAUCGUCAAACAAUGAGAUUAUUAAGGGCUGGAAAAAGGCAAGGCAGCAACAGGAAAAGCCUGUAUAAUUACAUAUUGCAUAAUCUUUAGCUCGCACACUCGUACUCGAUUGCUGGUGUGCUGUAAUAAUUGAAGAGUGCGAGGUGAUGUCCCCGAUGCUUUCUGAAAUUCAAACGCAAUCUUUGAACAAAGUGCUUUGUUUGAUGUACCACAGGACAGCGUGAGAGAACAAACAAAACGUCCAUAAUUUUCUCUUCUCCUUUUUCUCUCUCUUCUAUCCUUAUUCUUCCAGUAUUCUGCCUUUUUCAGAAAAAGAAUAUAUGGGUGAAUCUCAUGAAACCUGUUAAGAUUAUAUUUCAAGUAGUUCAUUCAUUCAUUCUAUAAUAAAUAAAUUGCAUAUAGAAAACUAAAUUUAUGUUUUAAUUCACUUUUCAAUAAUUCAUAAUUAUUUUAAUAUUCGGACAUUAUUUAAAAAUAAAUGGAAAAAACUGCAGUGGUCUUAAAAUAUGCUUAACAUCCUGUAGGUAAAAUAUUUAUUUAUUUAUUUUAAAUUGGUUUAUUUAUUUAUUUAUUACAGAACACAUAUUAGAUUUAUUACAUUUAAAAAAUAACAGAUUUGUAAAAAAAAAAAAAAAAGAAAACAGAUUUUUUAUUUAUCUAUUCAAUUUAUUUAUAAAAAUGCACACAUUCAUUCACUCACUCAGUCAUAUCUAUUUAUUAUUAUAAGUUAUUAAAGUCAACAUGGAACAAAAAUGCACCCUACUUACUUUCUUAAUACAGAUUUCUGGUGUUAUUUUAAACCCUUAAUCUGUGCACAUUAUUCAAAUGUAAAAUAACUUGGUCCACCUCUGAAAUUAUGUAGUACAGAUGAUCACAUUAAAGAAGUAAAUUGGGCUGCAAAUGAUGUUUCAUGUUAACUUUAAAUUAUACUUUCCUCCAGCAGAAUGGCUUUUUAUGUAAUUUUAAAGAUAUAUCUAUCUAAAGUUCUAUAUAUAGUUCUAUCUAAAUCAUUCUAUCUUUUAAGUUUUGAAUCAUAAAGAAUGAGUUAUGAGCCAUUCUAACCAUUUUGAUUGAUCAUUCCUAUCGAUUGUGUAAAUAUCAAGGGCAUGCACACAGCAACAAGUUUAGUAAAGUUUUAACAGUGACUUAUAGUUGAACCUGAACAAAAGCAGUAAUUUUACACAGAUUACAUGAGGACAGAAUAACAGAAGAUUUAGAGUCUAAAGAUGUCUUUUCUUACCAUUCCCUUGUGUACAGAAUGUGCUUAGAUGAAUGUGAGGCUACUCAAGUGUCUAGCAAUUAUAUGCUGAACAAAAAAGUGAAAUUUACAAAUAAUAUUUAUCUUAAUAGAGCUUUUAGCGCCAAAGGGGGGAGGGGAGGUGAGGGGAUGGGCUGAAAUGUGUUUUUCCCAACAUAAUGAUAUGAAUCGUUUUUAUGGUGAGAGUUUAUAUAUAUAUAUAUAUAUAUAUAUAUAUAUAUAUAAUAUAUAUAUAUAUAUAAUACAAAUGUACGAGACUUUGGGACUCAAAGCAAUACAACCAUACGCAUAUACAAAGCACAUCGGCUUUAGACAGUAUUUGCGUUUACACCAGUAUUUAACAUAAGUAUAUGACGGUAAAUCAUGAUGGUCACUUGUAGACAGGCUCCUAACCAGGCACAAAUAAAGCAUGAAAGCUUAUGUUUGCCACAAGAAAAAUAAAUAAAUAAAUAAAUAAAAUGUAACUGUGAUUUAUUUAUUUUUUUAUCACACAAUUCAGGUUUUUCUCACAAUUAUGAGUUUAUAUCGCAAAUUUCUGAUUUUUUUUUUUUUUUUUGCAUUCUGUGAAAAAAAUUAUAACUGCGUGAUAUAAUUUCAGAAUAGUGAGAUAAAGACAAACACAAUUCAAAUAAAAUAAAAAGACAGGAUUCUCUGUGAUGGAUACUCAGAACUCCACCAAAAAAGCAUGAUUUGCGAGAUGUAGACUUGGAACUCAAACAAAAAAAGUCAGAAUUGCGAAAUAUAACUCAGAAUUCCUAGAAAAAAGUCAGAAUUGUGAAAUGUAAAUUCAGCAUUCCGACAAAAAAGUAAAUUGCGAGAUGUUAACUGAGAAUUCUGAGGGAAAAAAUUGAAUUGAGAAAUUUAAAAUUAGACUUCUACGAAAAAACGAAUUGCGAGAUGUAGACUCGGAACGCAGACAAAAAAGUCAGAAUUGUGAGGAAAAAAAUUUGAAUUGCGAGAUGUAGUCUUGGAACUCCAACAAAAAAAGUCAGAAUUGUGAAAUGUAAACUCAGUAUUCCAAUGAAAAUGUAAAUUGCGAGAUGUAAACUAAGAAUUCUGAGGAAAAAAAUAGAAUUGCGAGAUGUAGACUGGGAACGCAGACAAAAAAAGUCAGAAUUGUGAUAUGUGACUUGGAAUUCCAAGAAAAAAGUCAGAAUUGUGAAAUGUAAACUCAGUAUUCCAACAAAAAUGUAAAUUGCGAGAUGUAAACUCAGAAUUCUGAGGGAAAAUUUUUAAUUGUGAGAUGUAGACUUGGAACUCAGACAAAAAAAGUCAGAAUUACGAAAUCUAAUUUGGAAUUACAAGAAAAAAAGUUAUAAUUGUGAAAUGUAAAUUCAGAAUUCCAACAAAUAUGUAAAUUGUGAGACCUAAACUCAGAAUUCUGAGGAGAAAAUUUGAAUUGCGAGAUGUAGACUUGGAACGCAGACAAAAAAAAAGUCAGAAUUGCGAGAUCUAAUUUGGAAUUCCAACAAAUAUAUAAAUUGUGAUAUGUAAACUCAGAAUUCAGAGGAACAAUUUUGAAUUGCAAGAUGUAGACUUGGAACUCCAUCAAAAAAAGUCAGAAUUGUGAGAUGUCACUUGGACCAAAAAAAGUCAGAAUUGUGAGAUGUAACUCGGAAUUCCAAGAUGUAGACUUGAAACUCUGACAAAAACAGUCAGAAUUCUGAGAUGUAACUCGAAAUUCAGAGAAAAAAAGUCAGAAUUGCAAGAUUUAAAUUCAGAAUUCCAAAAAAAAAAAAAAAAAAAAAAUCUGAAUUGUGAGAUGUAAAUUUACAGUUAUACUUUUUUAGACAGAAAAUCACAAUAUAUUUUCCAUUUUUAUUUAGGGGUGGAAAAAGUAAUAAAAUGAUCUCUUCAGGUAAGUCUGAACUUUCUAUUUCUGCUGUGUUAUGACAUCUCCAAAAAUUCUAUGAUGCAUAGUAAAAGUAACCUUUUAUGAUUAUGCAGAAGAAAAAUUGUUUGUCGUUGGAAACUUGUCACUUUGUGCCUGGUUACGACAGUGUUAGCAGAACGGACCGCUGAUGUAAUCUAACAGAGAAAGUGCAACUGUGUUUUCUAUUUAUCGUUCUAUUUAUCGUAUCAUAAAGUUUAGAAGAAUGCAGUUUUAAAAUUUCAUCACACCGCCAUCUUAGUAAAUAACUAUUUCCUCAGAGAAAAUAAGCAUAUUUCAUCCUUUCUCUUUGUUUACUUUUCUAACAUAUAUCAGGGUCAUAUACUGAAUCAUAAAUCUGUGUAAUAUGCCAAAUGAUCUAUUACAUGUGUGUCAUUUGGUAAUAGGCUUUAGUGUUUUUGCUGCAGGUACACAGGAACAGCCGGAGAGAUUAUUCAGAUUUAUUGCGGUACAUUAGAAAGCAGCUGUAGUAUGUCAGGAAAGGCUUAAAUUUCAUUCGGCGAGAUCAAAAACAUGAUGCUUGAAAGACCCGGUGAAAUAUUAAUAAGUCUGCCCCAGAAGGCGAUCUCUCCUUUUCCUUCAUUUCUGUUUGCAAGUUUCUCUUCAUUUAGUGAGUUUAUGAACAUGACAGAUACAUUUGGUGCAUUUAUAGGAGCUCUGGGUUGAAUGUCAAUGUUGGUGCCUAUAGUAGACUCACACUGAUGUUUACAUUUUGCUUCAUAAUCAUGCUUGCUGGUGGUGAAAUGCGAUCAUUUAGCGUUCGGGCUACAGAACGUGGUCACUUUGAAUGUGUCACGCAGGUUCAUGACCGAAGGAUACAAAUGACUCUGUGACUCCAUCUCAAUUGCUAACAUCAUUUUGUGUUUUGUUUUUGUGGUUCUCUGCUCUCAAGUGAUCGGUAUAUUUUUGUCAUAUCUAUAACUAUAUAUUGGGACUUGUGUUUGCUGGUUCUCUGGUGUAGAGAUUCUGUAGGAUGUUGAUCAUCAUCGACGUGGAACUGCAGAUGACUUUUGUGGACAUUUGUUGAUAUUCCAGUUUCUUGCAGUUUUGUGGGGAAAAUAAAAUUGUGAGAAAAUGCUUACAGCUGUGUAAAAACAUUUCCCUUUUUCUUGACAUGGAAAAUGUUGUGGUGUAGUAUGAGACCUUUCCAAUCUUUAUUAAAAACAUGGAAUUAA